CACGGUACCGGUGCUCGUACUAGAGGAGGGACCACAGACGGACAUUCUGCUCAGCAGCAUCCUUACAACCAUCAACACUGAGCACUGGAUUUUACCGAGACUUUACAUGGAGCUGGACAUCACACUGGUAAUAUUGCAGGCAGUGACUGUCUAAGGAUAGUCCACCCAGAAAGAACAAUGAAAAAACCUGCACUCAUACAUUAUUGAAGGACAGGAGUGCCUUCACAGAUAUCAUGACUCCUGGAGAGCUUCUGGAAAAGUAUCAUAAUAAUUAAUGUCUUCUCUCUUGAAAGCUAUGGACUGAGACGUUGGCUUCUUGGUGUGAGACAUAUUUCACUUUUCCAUGAUGGUCCUGUUUCUAGCAGCUCUCAUUUCAAACAGUUCCUCUCAUGGAAACCUGACAACAGAAUCUCCGGCGCCUCAGGGCCCACAUGUCUUAGCCUCAGGCCUCGUCACCUCUCUCCUUCUCGUCAUCUUUAUUCUCCUCAUCGCCUACAUUUUGAGGUUUAGAGAGCAAAGGAAGGAUCUUGUCGCUUCGGUUGACAAGAAGAUGCCAAAUGGCUUUUUGGAAGAUCAAGAACAAACAGUGGUGCUUCUUCCCAGAUCACCCUCUCCAUCAAAGCGUUAUUUUCCCAUUCCACUGGACUCCCUGGAGGAAGAGUUUCGCCUACGCAUGGCAGAUGAUGGCAAACUGUUCAGAGAGGAAUUUAAUUCUUUGCCUUGCGGUUUUGGCUGUGGUACCUUUGAAGAGGCAAGCAGAGAUGAGAACAGAGAAAAGAACAGAUAUCCCAAUAUUCUGCCCUAUGACCACUCAAGAGUGCUACUUUCACAUAUAGAUGGAUAUAUGGGCUCAGAUUACAUAAAUGCCUCUUAUAUAGAUGGUUACAGAGAAAAAAACAAAUUUAUCGCAGCUCAAGGCCCAAAACUAGAGACAGUGGGAGAUUUCUGGAGAAUGGUUUGGGAGCAAAAAUCUACCACUAUAGUCAUGUUAACCAACACAAGAGAGAGAAAAGAGGAAAAAUGCUAUCAGUACUGGCCUGAGCAGGGCUGCUGGAUCUACGGCUGUGUGAGGGUGGCAAUGGAAGAUGUCACAGUGUUGGUGGACUACACAAUCAGGAAGUUCUGUGUGCAGCACCAUGCUGCUGAUGGUUGCAGACCUCCAAGGUUGGUCACUCAGCUGCACUUCACCAGCUGGCCUGAUUUUGGUGUACCCCUCUCCCCUAUUGGCAUGCUAAAGUUCCUCAAGAAAGUCAAGAGUGUCAACCCUCCCCAUGCUGGACCAAUCAUAGUGCACUGUAGUGCUGGGGUUGGCAGGACUGGGACGUUCACUGUGAUUGACGCGAUGAUGGAUAUGAUGCACGCUGAAGGGAGGUUGGAUGUGUUCGGCUUUGUGUCCAGAAUAAGAAAGCAGCGCUGUCAACUCAUUCAAACAGAUAUGCAGUAUUCGUUCAUUUACCAGGCACUUUUGGAGCAUUACCUGUUUGGUGACACUGAGCUUGACAUCGCUUCAUUGGAGGGUCAUCUCCACAAACUCCACAACACACACACACACAUGGACCGAGUGGGUCUGGAGGAAGAAUUCAGAAAACUGACUAAUGUCCGCAUAAUGAAGGAGAACAUGAGAACCGGAAAUCUGCCUGCUAACAUGAGAAAAAACAGAGUACUGCAGAUCAUCCCAUAUGACUUCAACAGGGUCAUUUUAUCAAUGAAAAGAGGGCAGGAAUUCACAGACUACAUUAAUGCAUCUUUCAUAGAUGGUUAUAGGCAAAAGGAUUACUUUAUAGCAACUCAAGCACCUUUGGCUCACACUGUGCAGGACUUUUGGCGCAUGGUAUGGGAAAGGAAGUGCCACUCUCUUGUCAUGCUGACUGAACUGAAAGAGAGAGAACAGGAGAAGUGUGUACAUUACUGGCCAGCAGAGGGCAGCGUUUCAUUUGGAGAGUAUGUACUGGAGCUGAAGAGAGACACACUUUGUGAGACUUUCAGCAUUCGAGACAUGCUGCUGUCAUAUGCACCAGAGAAGCAGAAACGUCUAGUAAGACAGUUCCAUUUCCAUGGUUGGCCAGAGAUUGGAAUCCCGUCAGACGGAAGGGGAAUGAUUGACAUAAUUGCUGCAGUGCAAAAACAACAACAGCAAUCUGGAAACAACCCAAUAGUGGUGCACUGCAGUGCUGGUGCUGGUCGGACCGGAACCUUCAUUGCCCUCAGUAACAUCUUAGAGCGGGUCAAAGCCGAAGGGUUACUGGAUGUAUUUCAGACAGUGAAGAGUUUACGCACUCAGAGACCACAUAUGGUCCAAACCGUGGAACAAUAUGACUACUGCUACAGAGUUGUGCAAGAUUUUGUUGACAUCUACUCUGACUAUGCUAAUUUCAAAUGAGUGCAGCUUAUCAACACACAUUUAUAUUACUGAAGAAAACAACAAUAUUAUUACUGUGGCUUAGUGACACUCCAUGCACUUGACAUUUCCUAUUCUUGCUAUUUAUAUGCAGUUAAGGUAAUAUUUUGGAUAGGACCAGAUUCCAGUGGCUUAACCAUGUCUUUUGCAUUACGUUUUUGUUAUGUUUGUGUAGUCAUCUAUAUGAAGACAGCUUUUUUUUCUUUUAAUAUGACCAUAAUAUUUGUACAUUAACAUAUUUUUUUGUUUACUACAAAAUUAUUUUAUUUAAAAAAAAAAAAAAAAAAAAAACUGUUCACAACUGAAGUGUAAAGCAUUCCAAUCUCAGUAUUUGUUCAUUCCUUCUAUUUAUACCACAGCUUGCUUCCCAGAAAUGAUCUGCAUGGUUAUUUGUGUGUACUAGUGUACUAAAAGUAAUUAGAAUACUUCCAAAUUUGAAUUUUAUGGCAAUUCUUGGCCAGACUCUGAUUUGCAUCAGCCCUGAUAAGUCACUUGUUCCAUUUACAUGCUCUUCACCUUUCACGUCAACCUUCAACCUGGGAUGUCCAGCGACUUUAAGCAGGCUUGAAAGUUUCUGUGAUGACAAUGCUGUUUAUUACUAGGACUUUAAGCCAAUCAAAUAAUAAAGAGGCGAAAGCUGUGACAGAUACAGAUGUGGAUUAAAGCAUAAAACACUCAAAGGAAAUAAUAAAUCCAUAAUGAUAUUUGGUAGUGAAAUUUUGUCAUAAAGGGUUUGGUGAAACCUGUGAAAAAACAAAUGAACAGCUUCCUGCUUUUUUGAACAAGGUCGAGUAGAAAAGCUCUUCUGUACUGUCAAUGCGGUGUUCUUGAAACAGGGUGAUAAAUUAUGAAGAAAAUGAGGAAAGACGUAUGCCUUAAUCCUGAAUAACACCAUUUUCUGCAAUAAAAUGUUUCAGUCAAUA